UGAAAUCAAGCGCUGGCAUCCUCGAUCUGACGAUGAAAUGAAAAUUUCAAACUUUGCGGCGCAGAGUGAUUCUCAAAGCUUGAGUGAUGAUGCUGAGCAAUUUUUAAGAUCACCAACAACAAUAUCAAGAUCCACGAAUGAAGGGAAAAUGAAGAAAUCAUAUUACAGUGCAGCAGAUCAUCCUCAUAAAGAUGCUCAGAUAGGAAGGUCCUCACUGAUGUGAAGAUUCUGAUAUGAAAGAAUCAAAAUGAAGCUCCAUGAUUGAUGUCAAGAAAAUUUUUCUUCAAUUUUUGUGUCAUGAUGAAGAUCUUGUGUCGCCAUGAUACUAAGUAAUAGACGAUA